CCCUAGUAGAUUCAGGGGCCACCCGCAGCUAUAUUAGUAAGAAAGCGCUGCAGAAGUUGAAGCUGGGACUUAAAGUCCAGAAAUUAGCAGACCCCAUAGUUAGCAUCCUCGCUGACAACCGUACAAUGGUCGUAGAGGAUUAUGUAGAGGGAGUCCAGGCGUAUUUCCGCCUGGAGAAAGAUGGGAAAGCGGAGAAGGUCCUCCACUCCCUGACUCUCCUCGUGGAAGACAAUCUCCCAUUUGAUAUCGUUCUGGAAAUGGAUUGGGGAGAGGCAGCCGGGGCCACACUCCAUUUGAAAGAGCACGAGUGUAAGCUCCCUAGUCCUUCAAGCGAGGCUAAGACUGCCCACCUGUUCCAUGUGCCAGGAGUAGAGAAUACCCUGGCACAUUGCUGCCUUAGUGCACCUGCAUUCGUGAGAUUCGUGAAGAAGGAGCACCUAGAAGAACAGGUCUUUGUAGCCUAUGUUAGGCCAGUAACUGAGCCUAAGGAAGAUAAGCCUAUAGACCCUACGAUUGCCAAGCUGCUGGAGGAGUUCAAGGACCUGGCUGAGUCGCCGACAGGAGUAGUACCGCAGCCUAUCCAACACCGCAUUGAGAUAGAGCCUAGCAGUAGAACUCCCAAAGGAGCCGUGUAUAGGAUUUGGAGCAGCAACCAGUCACCGCCGCCGACGCAGGCUCUUCCAAUACUGCCGACCGCCUCAAUGCAUUGGAGAUGCACGUCAGCUCACUCCAGGAUGGCGCACAGUUACAGCUCACCGCGACGCAACAGUUGCAGCAGCGGGUCUGUACCCACCGCCACUACCUCGAGUACGGAGCCGCGCGAGACAACUCCAAAGUUUGACGGGCAGGAGAUCUUCUGCGACUCCAUGAAGACAGAUCCGAUUCCAUGGUUCCGCAAGUUCGAGCUCACGCUGCAGCUGUCCAACGUCAAAGAACACAAGCACCACGCAUACUUGUACUCUCGUUCAGGGGGCGCGUGCCAGGCUUGGUUGGACAACCUCCUGUCCAAGUACGGAGUGGUAGCGGCCGACUUGCACACCAAGAUCAGUUGGGAUGAUUUGAAGGCAGCGUGGCACAAGCGGUUCCAGGUGGAGCCGCCAGAGAUCAAAGCCAUGGACAAACUCAUGGUCUUCGAGCAAGGCACGCUGCCGAGUACGGACUGGAUCGCCGAGUACCAACGCUUGACGUCAGUCCCAGACAUCCAGAUGGGCUUCAAGGCCAUCCGCCAUUACUUCAUCUCAAGGUCAUGUCCGGCAUUAAGCAAUGCCCUUACUCAUGUCGAGGACACCUUGACGACGAUGGCGGAGUUGUUCGACAAGGCUGCGCAACUCAUUAUCACGAACAAGGAGGCCAAGAACUUCCGUUCAUCUGAUUCGGCACACGAGUUCAACUUAGAGGCAUUGGACCCGCUCACGUCUGAGGACUUUGCAUGGCUUCCUCUCCCGACAACAGGCCGCUUGCCGGGACCGCAAUGCGCAGCACUUAGUGCUAAUCUUCACACUUACCUAUCCUUCUAUGCACCACCAACUUCGGAUGACGAAGUCGCGGUGGGGGACAUCCUGGCGUAUACUACCAAGGUGGCCCGCGAGUUUCGCACGCAGCGGUACGAUGACAACAACGCACCGCUCAUGUAUGUCCGCAUUCAGGUUGGGCAAGCGUCCUGCAGCGCUUUGCUGGAAAGCGGCGCGUCUCGCAACUUCAUGAGCCAGUCUUUUAUGCAAAGGGCUGGCAUUGGCGCACAAGUUCGGAGGAAGGCAAACCCGUCAACGAUCAAGUUGGCGGAUGGUAAGACGCAACAACUUCUCGACCGUUACAUCGAGGCUGUACCGAUCUACUUCGCACCUCAAGCAUGCGAACCGGUGACAUUCGAUAUUCUCGACAUGGACUUCGACAUCAUUCUGGGAAUGCCUUGGCUUGCAAGUGCGGAUCACACGGUCAACUUCCAUCGGCGGACUCUUAGCGUUCGCGACGCCUUCGGCGCGGAAGUGGCGUACGAGUUCGCCGACAUCUUCGAGUCACCUACCGGUGUGGUGCCGGGUCGGCCGAUCUCUCACGAGAUCAUUCUUGAGGCCGGUGCCGUGCCGCCGAAAGGUUGCAUCUAUCGGAUGAGCAAGGAGGAGCUUGAGGUCCUCCGCGCACAACUCGAUGAUUUGUUGGCCAAGGGCUGGAUCUGCCCGAGUAGCUCCCCAUAUGGAGCACCAGUUCUCUUCGUCAGGAAGAAGAACAAGGAGCUACAAUUGUGUAUCGACUACCAUAAGCUCAACGCGCAAACCGUCAAAAAUGCAGGGCCUCUUCCUCGCAUCGACGAUCUUCUCGAGCUGUUGGGCGGUGCGAAGUAUUUUUCCAAGUUGGAUUUGAAAUCGGGAUAUCAUCAAAUCUCGAUCCAGCCGAACGAUCGCUUCAAGACUGCGUCCAAGACGCGGUACGGGCAUUUUGAGUGGGUGGUCAUGCCUUUUGGCCUCACCAACGCCCCGGCGACCUUUCAGGGGGCGAUGACCAAUGAGUUCCGUGCAAUGUUGGACCGGUUCGUGCUGGUCUACUUUGACGAUAUUCUCGUCUAUAGCCGGUCAUUUGAGGAUCAUCUGGGGCAUCUUAGACAAGUGUUGGAGACGCUCCGCCGCGCGAAGUACAAGGCCAACCGCGACAAGUGUGAAUUUGUCCGGCAAGAGCUGGAAUACUUUGGCCAUUUUUUUACACCGGAGGGCAUCAGUCCGCUAUCGGACAAGAUUCAGGCCGUCCAAGAGUGGUCGGAGCCUCAGAACGUCACGGAUGUCCGCUCGUUCCUCGGUCUUACCGGCUACAAUCAGCGCUUUAUCAAAGGUUACUCAAAGAUUGCGGCCCACUUGAACAAGCUUCAGUGCGAGGAUCGGCCGUUUGACUUCGGAGAGAAGGCGCGAGGAUCAUUCUUGGCUCUCAAAGCCGCGCUAUUGUCUGCGGAGGUCUUGCGGAUAUAUGACCCGCUCGCGCCUACGCGCGUCACUACGGAUGUGUCAAGCUAUGGGAUUGGUGCAGUCCUCGAGCAACAUGAUGGUGUGUACUGGGUCCCGGUCGAGUACUUCAGCAAGAAAGUGCCCCUCGUGCAUUCCAUUGACGAUGCACGCAAGAAGGAGCUCCUCGCCUUCGUCCACGCGCUCAAGCGGUGGCGGCACUUCCUCCUUGGUCGAAGCCAAUUUCGAUGGGUAACGGACAACAAUCCGUUGGUCUUUAACAAGACCCAAGACACCGUCAACAGCACCAUCGCUCGAUGGAUGGCUUUCAUCGACCAGUUCGACUUCUUUCCCGAUCACAUUCCCGGGAAGUCGAACCGUUUUGCGGAUGCUCUCUCACGGUGUCCGGAUCAUUGUACCGCAGUCUACUUGACCUUCGAGAUUGACGACGACCUGCGGAACAGCUUCGUCCGCGGCUACCAAACCGACCCCGAGUUUCGCGACAAGUACGGGAACUGCUCCUCUCCUAAUCCGGCUCCUUCUCACUACCGGAUACAAGACGGGUACUUGCUUGUCCACACGCGGGGGAAGGACCUUCUUUGCGUACCGAGUGAUCCUCACUUACGUACACGGUUUCUUGGCGAGUUCCAUGACGCUCCCGCCACUGGACAUUUUGGAGUCAAUCGCACGAUUGGCCGACUUCGCCAGCGAUUUUGGUGGCCAGGCCUUCUCGGCGACGUCACGCGCUAUUGCGAGUCAUGCGAGGUUUGUCGACGCUGCAAAUCCCGCAACCAUCGUUCGUACGGCGAGCUACGACCAUUGCCAGUCCUGUUGUGGCGAAGGGAAGCGAUUGCCAUGGACAUCACCGGCCCGUUCCCCAAGCACAAGACCGGAGUGGAUGGGAUUCUCAUGAUGGUCGACCGACUCACCAAGUUCGCCAUGUUUUUGCCUUGUCGCUAUCAUGCCAAGGCACCGGAGUUAGCCGAGGUUCUUUACGCCGGUUGGAUUUGCACCAAGGGUUACCCCAAGGAGAUCGUCUGCGACCGCGACGCUCGGUUCAUGUCCGAUUUUUGGUUGGCGCUCAUCAAGCGAUGGGGCUCAUCUCUCAAGCCCAGUUCAGCUCGCCACCCUCAGACCGAUGGCCAGACGGAGAGGGCGCAUCAGACCGCACAGGUUCUCCUUCGCACUCUCAUCCGCCCCGACCAGAAAGACUGGGUUGAGCGACUGUCGGAYGUYGAGUUGGCCUACAACUCUUCCAUCCACCCGGCUAUUGGGAUAUCGCCCUUCGAGUUCGAGCAUGGCUCGCCGGUCACAUCACCGUUGGACACUAUUACUCCACGCACGGCCGAGAGCGACGACCAUCUUCUUUUCUUGCGUCGGAUGCAAGAGCUUCUUGUCAAGGCACACGACCAGAUGGCUAAGACGCAACAGCGCAUGAGCCAGCAGGCCAAUCGCCAGCGUCUUCCUUGUCCAUUCCGCGCCGGGGACCUCGUCGGGCAUUAUGCCCGAAAUUGUUGGGCCAACGGUAAUGGGAGACAACCUGCACCACAUCCACCGAUACAAUCAGGGAUGAUUGAUGAUGAGGCAAAGGAGCUUCGAGAGUAUUUCCGUGAGAAGAUAAGAAAGAGGAAACUCGAGGAAGAAAGAAGGGAGAAGGAGGAAGAAGAGAAACGUCGGAGGGAUGAGGAAAUUCGGAAGGAACAGGAAAGGUUAAGAGAGGCGGAAGCCCGAGAGGCGAAACUGGAGGCCAGGCUGAUCAAGUUGCUGGCACAACACAUCGAGGGAAGUAUGAAGGUCGAAAGCUCAGCUGUGAAGAAGAAAUCACCUAGGACGAAGGCGAGAGUUUUACGUGAGAUAAGAAGUUAUUUGGACGAAUCGGAUGAUGAAAGUGAGGAGGUGAGAGAGGAGGCCAGGAAACUCGUGGAUGCUAUCGAAAGGAGGAAAGGGAAGAAGAGAGUGAAUGAUGAUGAUGAAAGACUAUCGAAGAUGAGGGUAGAAAGGAGGGGGCAUCGAGGGGACCCGGUGCGAAUAGACGACGAAGAAAAAGAAGUUAGGACUCCUCCACAGGAGAGGAGGUAUGGCGAGGACACCGGAAUUCUGGACUUCGCGAUAGAGCUACACAAGCAUCUGUCCGAGAAAAAGGUGCCAAAACUUCGAAAGUUGUGUAACCGGGAAGGGAUCGAGUGGUCAAAAAGAGAGACAGCGAUUGGAGUUAACRAUCCRUUUGUUAUGGAGUCGGCGAUGAUAAGGAGGUUUUCACCUGCUCUGAACACUCGGGGUAAGAGUAGGGAAGGGAAGCGGGGCAGACGGAGGAAAGGGAAGAGAGAAAGGGGUAAGAGGCAAUCGAACAAAUUAGGAGAGGCGAUUAUCAGUUUUAAUGAUCGAGUGUCACUCGUUGACUUGGUGAAGGAAAUUGGAGUGAGUGGGGGGAAUCAGCAGAUCUCCUCGUCUGGAGGGGAUGUGUGGAUCGAUAGGUGGAGAGUAGUACGGGGAAAGAUAGGGGAAACUACGAUAUGGGUCGGCGAGAAGGAAGUUCAGAUAAAGCAUUGCAAACGGGUUUUGGAAGGAGGAGGGGAUUUCAGGAUUGGAAGGAUUAGGAUCCUACCAUCCAGGAUAGAAGAUCGGAAGCGAGUGCUGAAAGGGGUAAUUAACCAGCCGUGGAGAGUAAGGGAGUUGUAUAGGAAAGGGUCCAGGGAGCUCGUGGCGCUAUUCAGGACCGGGUCUUUAUUCGCGCAGAAAAGAACGAGSAGCCGGAUCAAGACCAUCGUCACGCGGGUGAUAAGGAAUAAGUACGRCAGCGAGGUAAGGAGGAAACCAUGUGUGAAGGUUCYGUUUUCUCCAGCAGUAAAAAUGGGAGCAGUACGGGAMAUCGCAGMAGGGUUAAUCGUUCGAGGGGGUAUGGAUCCGGAGAUUGCUCGGUUCGUGGCAAGUAGAGUAAGAGUGGUGGASAAGAAGAGACUUAYCGUAGGGAUGGUGAUACACAAUCAGUGGAAGUGUGCCGAAGGAGAGAGUGYUGGUUGUACAUGCAGAGCAUUGGACCUUCCUAGGAGUGAAGGCCACGUCAAAGUGAGAAUCAACGAAGUGGAGGAUAUCCCGAGUUUUAUGUGGAAUUCGAAAAACGUGACAAGUGGUUGCGUUAUUUCUCCAGGAAUCCUGGAGGCAUGCAUUAGGGAAGGGGUUGCCAGUUGGACGAGGGGGAGAGUGGUUCAGAUGAAUCCUGGGGAUCUGGAAAGAUGCUAUGAUGUUCGAAAAAUGAAUCAGACUGAUGCCAUGACGACGAAUCAGGUAAGGGACGUCUUUCGAAAGUAUGCCAAACUAAUGGCGGUACCGAUUGAUCGUAAUCCAGGUGCAACGCUACUGGUUUGUCCAGUGUUGUAUCAUAGGGCGUGUACUGAGACUUUCAAUACCAAUCCCAACUUUCGAGCGGUUCACAGGUCCAAAGGUCAAGUUCUAACCAAGAUGAGAGAGGAGUACACUCGAAAGGGGCUGAGCAAAGUCGCGCGUUGGCAAACCGCGGGGAAGAUAGGACAAGCAUAUGUCUUGCCGAAAGACAAGGACUUGGGGAGAUGGAGGCCGAUCUCGCCAAGUACUCGUGAUCCGGCAAGAUUGGCAGCUGCAAGGGUGGGGAGAGCAAUCCGGUUUAUGCUUUUUGGGGUAAGGAGAUCUGCGCAUUUUGAUCUAAAGUCAAUGGAUGAUGUGGGUAAGUGGUGUAAGGAAGUUCAGGGAGAGCUGAGUGCGACGGGGGAUGGCGUGCUUGCGCAAAGUUAUGAUAUUAAGGAUAUGUUUGCGCGCUUAUCGCAUGAAAGUAUCCUAGAAGCCGUGGAAUGGAUAAUAGGAUACCAUGAGAGAAGGGGAAUGAAAGGAGUAAAGGUGAGCAUGAGAGGGAAAGUGUGUGCAAUGAUUAGGAAAGUGCUGAAGGAAGAAGGGUUCGUGAUACUGUUGUCUGAUGAUAUCAGGAAAGAAGUGGAGUUUGAGCUCUCACAGUCUUUUGUCCGUUGUGCUAGUACAUUGUUAUCUCAGAGAUUUGGUAUUCCAAUGGGGAGGAAUUCGAGCUCGGCACUAGCUUGUUUGGUGUGUGCAAGGGCUGAAUUCGGGUUCAUGGAAAGAGCACAGAAGGCAGGGAAUGUGAUAAGGGGAAUGCGAAUGAUAGACGACGUAGCAGUCAUGGUCGGGUUCAGACAGGAUAGACCCGAUACUCUUCAAGCAGCAGUGCACAUUUUGAGGGAAUUUGAGCAAUGCUAUGAUGAGAAUUUGAAGCUUGUUCGGAAGGACGAAGAGGGAAAUGUUUUUGACUUUUUGAGGAAUCGUGUUAUAGUCGAGAUGGAUCCUAUAAGAGUCAACGUUUUUCCCAGAACAAGGAAUCAGUUGUCUCUCCUCAAAGAAGGGAGUCUGAAAGUACAGUGGAUACAAGAUUUCGCAUCGUUCACAAGGAAGGCGGCCAAGAAGGCGACGAUAUAUGCAAUUCUGGUCCGGAUGAACAGAGUUUCGACCUYAGAACAGGCGAUGAAAGCCGCAAUUGCUGCAUUGAUGAUGGAGAUUCGCCUCCGGGGUUAUCCCCUGGAGGUCUCUCUCGGGGCCCUAGCAAGAUUUGCUAGGAUGUCCUUCAGGUGCCUCACCAACGGGUGCUACAAUGCGGCAAGGCCCCAUCCAUUUCGAAAGGAGCUUGCGAGAGAUAUCUUGUUCGAGGCUAAAUUCCAUGGCGGAGACGCAAACGAGGUUGACGACGUGGAACAGACAUGGAAGAUGCUGGUGAUUGGCUUGUCGGCUCAUGCGUUGCUGCGUCUUCGACAUUUGGUCGCGUGCCUUGACAAGGAGCUCGUGCAUCCGUCUGAUGAAGAUAAUGUGGUCGUCGCUCUCCGUCGUCCAUGGGAUGACUGUAUUCAACGGUGAUGUGAUUGGCGAGCCAUGCUUGAACUCAAAGGGUGACAUCCCGAUAGCCUGAUGAAUGGACGAGUUGUAAGCCAACUCGACGUCCGACAGCUCCUCAACCCAAUCCUUUUGGUCGGGACGGAUUAGAGUGUGAAGAAGAACAUGUGCGGUUUGAUGCGCCCUCUCCGUUUGGCCAUCGGUUUGUGGGUGGCGAGCCGAACUCGGCUUGAGAGAUGAGMCCCAUCGUUUGAUGAGCGCCAAUCAAAACYUUAACAUGAA